UGGAAGUUUUUGGGUUUGUUUUUCUUAUAUGCUAAGGAGUAAGGACACGACAGAGUCGCACCUAACAAAAGAUUUGUGUUGGAGUUUGUUGGUUCAGUCUCGAUGAACACGACGCCGUUUAUGGACAAGCAGAUUAUGGAUCUCACUCACGGAUCUUCCACGAACAAGGACUUCAUCGACCUCAUGAAGCAAGAGCCUCAUCACCAUCUUCAAGACGAUGAAGAGCAACAAGACCAAGAACAAAAAUCAUCGCGUGCCAAUGGAAUCACCAAAGACGACAUCCUUCCCAGCUACGAUUUCCUACCCAUUCGCCCCCCUAAUCACGACUCUGCCCCCAAUUUCGCUGCCGCAUUUUCUCGCCCUUGGAACUCCGAUUCCAUCUCCCCUCCCCUCGUCAAAAGUUACAGUUCUCUGGAUUCAGCAGAACCUGCAAAGGUCAUUGUAGAAAAGGACCGAAGUGCUUUUGAUGCUACAAUGUUGUCUGAGAUUGAUCGUACCAUGAAGAAACAUAUGGAAAAUAUGCUUCAUGUUCUGGAAGGUGUUAGUGCACGGUUAACACAACUAGAAACCAGAACCCACCAUCUUGAAAAUUCUGUGGAUGAUUUGAAGGUAUCUGUUGGAAAUAAUCAUGGUAGCACUGAUGGAAAAUUGAGGCAGCUGGAGAAUAUUCUUCAAGAGGUGCAAUCAGGUGUGCAGACUAUCAAGGACAAGCAAGAUAUAGUGCAAGCUCAGCUGCAACUGGCAAAGCUGCAAGUGUCCAAGACACAGUCAGAAAAGCAACCUAGUGCAAUAACUGAUCCUGCGCCGCAAGCUGCAUCUGCUCCUGUGCAAUCUCAGCAACAGCUUCCUACCCCUGCUAAUCUUCCACAAUCAAUACCUGCUGUUCCUCCCCCUAAUGCACCUCCACAACAGGGUUUACCAGCUCCAGUUCAAAUUCCAAACCAAUACUCUCAGAACCAGAUUCCAGCUGCCCCCCAGAGAGACACGUACUUCCCACCACCUCAGGAAGCACCAAAUCAGCAAUACCAACUGCCUUUAUCACAGCAGCCACAUCCUCAGCCCGUGGCACCGCCACAUCAACAAUAUCAACAGACCCCACAUCCCCAGUACCCUCAGCCACCACCUCAUCUACCUCAGCAGCAGCCACCAUCGCUUCCAUCCAUGAACCCGCCACAACCACAACUACAAUCUUCAUUGAGUCACCAUGUUGAGGAGCCACCUUAUGUUCCUCCUCAGAGUUACCCUCCCAAUGCCCGUCAGCCACCAUCUCAGUCCCCCAGCGGUCCUCCUCCUCCUCAACAGUUCUACGGGACACCACCCCACACGGCAUAUGAACCACCAUCGAGCAGAUCCAGUUCAGGUUACUCUUCUGGUUAUGGUACAUUAUCCAACCCUGGUGAGCAAUAUCGUUAUGGUGGACCACCUCCCUAUGGCGGUGCUCCUGCACUAAAACCACAACAAUUGCCAACUGCUUCGGUGGCGCCAAGUGGUGCAAGUGGCUACCCUCAGCUCCCAACUGCCAGGCUACUCCCACAAGCAAUACCUACUGCAUCUGCAGUGAGUGGCAGCUCAGGUUCGGCUGGAACUGGAGGCAGGGUUUCUAUUGACGAUGUAGUUGACAAAGUUGCUAGUAUGGGAUUCCCAAGGGAUCAUGUGAGGGCUACGGUUCGGAAGCUGACAGAGAAUGGUCAGGCAGUUGACCUUAAUGCAGUGCUGGAUAAGCUCAUGAAUGAUGGUGAAGUCCAACCCCCACGAGGUUGGUUUGGUCGGUAGCAUGAUGCAUUUAAUUCAAGUGUGUAUAGGAGAAUUUGUUGCAUGAUGGAAGUUUAUGAGGGGACUUUGUGGUUCGUUGGAUUGUGCCAAAGUGGAUAUUUUGACUCUUCUAUUGUUUUUUUUUUUUUUUUUUUGAAGUUGAAACUGGUUUGUUUUCUUGUCUAGCUCUGAUUUAUGACUAUCUUCAUCUUGUUCUGUACAUUCGCAAUAAAUAGAAGUGGAUUUUGAAAAUUACUUAGAACAGCACAAGUUUAUUUGAGAUUUAAUUUUUACCGCUAUGUUUGGUUA